AUGUUGGAUCGGAUCUACAUCGCUCUGUCCUCCAGGCGUACGGCCAGCCCAUCACACCGUGUUGGGCCUUCCAUACCCCCCAACCAACUGGACUGGAUCAUGUAA